UAAUAUUCUGAACAAUCGGAUCACGUGGGUCUUUUUGUGCUGAAGAAAAGCGGCGUCUUGCAUUUUAAUCCGUACGUCGUUCAUCUAGCGUGGCUUUCGAAAAUUGUGAACUUGUGACUUGUAAAUUUAAAACCUCUCCGAAAUCAUGCCAAAAGACGAAUUGGAAGAAAAUGAACAACUUAGAAAAAUCUUCAUCGGAGGUCUUGAUUAUGACACAAGCGAUGAGACCCUGAGGGAAUAUUUCAGUCACUAUGGUGAGCUUACAGAUUGUGUUGUUAUACGACACACAGAUACAAAACGAUCAAGAGGAUUUGGAUUCGCCACCUUCAAACAAGGCAACAUGGUUGACGAAUGUAUCAGCGAUUUCAAAAAGAAUGGCCAUCAGAUUGAUGGUCGGGAUGUAGAAGUGAAGCGAGCAGUUUCACGAGAGGAAUGUAGUGUGGAUCCAAGAAAAAAGAGACCAUGUAAGAAAAUUUUCCUUGGUGGCGUUCAUCAAGAAGUAACUGAGGAUAAGUUGAGGGAGUAUUUCGAGACCAACUACGGCAAAGUUGAAUCUGUGGACAUUCCACUGGAACAGAAAUCUGGAAAGAAAAGAGGCUUUGCAUUUAUGACAUUUGAGGAGGAUCAGCUAGUUGAUAAAAUUUGCAUUAAGAAAUACCACACAAUCUGCGAGAAACGCUUAGAAGCAAAGAAAGCAAUUCCUAGAGACGAAAUGGACAAGAGUGGUGGUGGUGGUGGUGGCGGAGGUGGUGGUGGUGGUGGCGGCGGUCGUGGAGGAGGAGGUCGUGGAGAUGGUGGUGGUAGAGGAGGUUUUCUGGCUGGUUACUUUGAUUUAGAUGAUAAAGAAGAUUAUGGUAAUGGAUUUGGAUACAACAAUCAAGGCAAUUUUGGAAAUGGUUUUGGCAAUAGCAACCAAGGCGGUGGAAAUUGGGGAGGCCGUGGUAACAUGGGAGGAAACUUUGGUGGAAACUACGGUGGCAACUUCGGAGGAGGUGGUGGAUAUGGUGGUGGAGGAGGCAAUUUUGGAAAUUCAGGAGGAAAUUUUGGAAACUAUGGCGGUAAUUUUGGUGGAGGAUAUGGCGGGGGUAACUUUAACCAAGGUGGUUUUCAAGGAAACUAUGCAGGAGGUGGUGGCAAUUUCAACCAAGGUGGAUCUGCAAUGGGAAGUGGAAACUUUGGCGGAGGAGGUGGAGGAAACUAUGGUGGUGGUGGCUAUGAUAAUUUUGGUCAAAAUUACCAAGGUUCUCAAUCAGGAUUUGGACCUAUGAAAGGUGGACAGCAGUACAUGAACAGAGGAGGUGGACCCUACAACACAGGAGGCGGAUAUGGAAACAAUCCUGUUGGAAUGGGAGGGUCAGGAUAUAGUGGAGGAUCAGGAGGACAGGGUUACGGAGGAGGUGCAGGAUACGGAGGUGGACAAGGUGCAACUGGAUACGGAGGAGGCCAAGGUGGUGGUUAUGGAGGCGGUGUGGGUAGUGGCAGUAUGGGUGGCAACAUGGGUGGAACUAUGGGAGGCAACAUGGGUGGAGGAAUGGGAGGCGGAUUUGGAGGAGGCAGCACAGCUGGAGUAGGAACUGGAGUAGCAGCCACAGGUGGUGCUAGUGGAGGUGGAGUAGGAGCAAUGGGAGGCGGACGGAGAUACUGAAAUGUCAAAGGAGCCUUGUGGAAAACUGAACAUGAUUAUCAGAUACUGCAUUUCCGAACUGGUUUUGGUAUUUGGAGAGCGUUUUAACCAACUUUCAAGCAGUCAGUCAUCAGAAUUACAGUGCAAUAAUACGAGUCUGAAACUUAAGCUCUGUCCACACUAUCAAUUUUUGUAUGCGUCAAAUUUGUGUGAUGUGCCCAUAUUUGCAUGUCAUAUUGAUGUGCACAUAUUUGCAUGUCAUAUUGAUGUGCACAUAUUUGCAUGAUGUCAUAAUACAUCAAAUAUGGGCUUGUCGCAUGGUAGACAGAGCAUUAGAAUACCGUAUCAACUUCAGCUGAAAUUCCAUUGAAACUCAAUAUUUUGAUACAAUUGCCAUAAUGUGUGUUUUUAUUUUUAAUAAGUGACAAUUUUUUAAUAAAAUUAUGAAACUAA